AUGCCGCCCACAAAGCGACGUCGAGUAGGCGACAACAUCAGCGCUUCCAGGUUCCCGACAAGAACAGGGCGGGACCUCCUCUCUCCGCUCUCGGACGAGCUGCUUCUCCGCAUCCUGUCCUUCCUGUCGCUGCCUCAUCUCCUCGCCGUCGCUCCCGUGUCGCACCGAUUCUACCAUCUCGCCUCGGAUUCGCAGUUAUGGAAGGCACUUUACUAUGCGCGGUUUGUACUCCCCAGAGCUAUGCGCAUCCCGGGCUUCCGAGACAGCGUUGCGGGAAGCAGCGCCGGACACAAGCUCCAUUAUUCGGGCAGGCAGACACUCUGGGCCGACGGGCGACGUGAUGAGGACGGGCUGAAGGAGGAGGGCACACCACAAGCGGUUGACUGGAAACGGCAAUACAAGAUCCGGUAUAAUUGGGCUAGGGGGAAAUGCGCCGUGGAGGAAUUGAAGCUUGGUGGGGAUGCUGAUGUGGACGACCGGGGAGGAAGGAAGACCCUGGUCAAGGUGGUGGAAGGCUUUGCCGUGACGGCCGACAAGGCGGAGGGGCUUCGAGCUUGGGACCUCAAGAGCCGCCAAUUGAUGGCUCAGAUUGGCAUCGGGAGUCACGCCGAUGACCCUUCACCGAGUUGUAUUGCGAUUGACGAUGGAGAAUUCGAAAAGGGGGCCCUUGAUGUGGCGCUGGGCUUCACGGACGGCAGUUUUGGGGUAUGGAGAUUGUUCACUGGCGACAGACGACUCGUACAGCGAUACCGUCACGAAAAAUCCAGCAAUGGGGAGUUGAUUGCGGUGACACUUUCGUGCCCGUACUUACUGACCGCGACCCAGUCGGUGUUGGUUUCACUAUACACCUUUUAUGUUCCGGCUUCGGCCGCCGCACCCUCGCUCUCCCGGGCAUCACGGAGGCCAGAGGCUGACGCUGAGAAGGAUGAAAACAAACCGUCUCCACCAGCAUAUGCGAAUGACCUGUCUGCCCCAUACCUCCUGACUUCCCUUGAUUCGCAUACAUCACGGCCACCGCUGGCAUUAUCCAUCCGGAAGACUGCAACAACGGUCAUCGCAUCAGUAGCUUACACGUUUUCCACCCGACAAGGCUGGUCCAUCGGGAUUCAGGACCUGCACAUCUCCGCACCCACAGCCGAUAUCAGAUCCACCCCGGAGAUCGUCACGACUAGGAUAGCGUACGCCACGCCUCUGUACGCGGGCGGCGCUUCCCAUCCACCGCUCACUCCACCCGCAACGCCUCGAAACCGGAGAAGCAAUGAUGCUCUAGAACCUGGCGUGUCUUCAGCUACAUCAUCCCCAUCAGCCCACUCAGAACCCGGACCAACCACCUUGUGUUACUCCCACCCAUACCUCCUAGCAACCCUGCCGGACAACACUCUGGUACUGUACAUGUGCACAUCCAACGCCUCCUCGCUCUCCAUAUCCCAGGGCAUCCGGCUAUGGGGUCAUACCUCGGGCAUCAGCGACGCCGAGAUUACAGCUCGCGGUAAGGCUGUGAGUGUCAGUUUCAGGGGAGACGAGAUGCGCGUGUGGGAGCUUGAAGGGCGGUCGGCCAGCAUUGGCAGUCGCAGCGUUGCCAUUCGACCGGAUCAAACGCCCGCCAGGGGCGAGGGCGACGGUGACCCGGCUCGGGACUGGGAUGAGCGGAGGAAUUGGGUUGGUUUUGAUGACGAGAUGGUUAUUGUCUUGAAGGAGAAGAAAGGAGCGAGGGACAGUUUGAUGGUUUACGACUUUACUUGA